AUGAUGCAAGCUAAGAAGAUUAAGUACGACGUAAUCGGACUGACCGAGAGAAGACGACGCCACCCUCUCAACGCCGUAUAUGAUAUUGGAGAAGAACUGUUCUUAGGAUCAUGCGACAGUAGAGAUGUUGGUGGAGUUAGCGUCCUUGUCAACACGAGUAUGGCAAAGAAUAUCGACUUUUUCGAAGAACUUACGAUCCGAACCGAACGUUUGCGGAUGAGAAGAUGUGGUCCAACACCAGCUUUACUAUCUUCGUCGCUUACGCUCAUGCCUUCUACAAAGCCAUGGCUGGCAAUUUCAACGACAAAGUUGGUCGAAGAAGAACCAUAA